UUGACGUAUCGGGUUAUCACAACGCGGAAAUCAAGCGCAAGGCAGGUUUAUGAGGAAUCGGCUUUAAUCAGCUUUAAAUUGAGUUGUUGAGAAUAUUAUAUGAUCUAAAAGCAGUUUGAGGAGCAAACUGUAAUUAAACUGCAGCGUGUUGCUGAUGUAAAAUAAGAGCUUUUGUGAACAUGGAGGAUGACGCGCCUGUUAUAUAUGGCCUGGAGUUCCAGUGCCGCGCUUUGACUGCUCAGACAGCUGAAACCGAUGCUAUAAGAUUUCUAGUGGGCACACAGUCAUUCAAAUUUGAUAAUCAGAUCCACAUCAUUGACUUUGAUGAUGAGAACAAUAUCAUUAAUAAGAAUGUGCUCCUGCAUCAGGCUGGUGAGAUAUGGCACAUCGGCGCCAGCCCCGCUGACAAAGGAGUGCUGACCACGUGUUAUAACAAGAUCUCAGACAGCCGCGUGUUAACGUGCGCAGCGGUGUGGAGGAUGCCCCCGGAAUGGGAAUCAGGCAGCCACGAUUCCCCCGACGAUUCAGCUCACAGCCCACAGGCCCUGCAGCUCCUCUGUCACCUUGACAACACGGCCCACGGCAACGUGGCCUGCGUGUUGUGGGAGCCGAUGGGGGACGGCAAGCGCUUGAUCUCUCUGGCUGAAAGCCACAUCGUGCUGUGGGACCUUCAGGAGAGCUCCACCAAGGCCACGAUCUCCAGCAGUGCCACCUUGGAAGGCAAAGGCCAGCUGAAAUUCACCUCAGGAAAAUGGAGCCCCCACCACAAUAGCACCCAGCUGGCCACUGCCAACGACACGGCCAUUCGAGGAUGGGACCUUCGCAGCAUGAGUCAAAUCUACUGCAUUGAGAAUGCCCACGGCCAGUUGGUGCGAGACUUGGACUUCAACCCCAACAAGCAGUACUACCUGGCUAGCUGCGGGGACGACUGUAAGGUCAAAUUCUGGGAUGUGAGGCACAUCAGCGAGCCUGUCAAAACCCUGGAGGAGCACUCCCACUGGGUGUGGAGCGUAAGGUAUAACCAUUCCCAUGACCAGUUGCUGCUUACAGCCAGCAGUGACAGCAGAGUGAUCCUGUCUAACAUGGUUUCCAUUUCCUCCGAGCCCUUUGGCCACCUCGUAGACGACGACGACCUCAGUGACAGCGAGGAGAAUCAUCAUGAGGAAAAGAGCAAAGAACCGCUCCAGGACAGCAUCAUUGCUACAUAUGAAGAGCACGAGGACAGCGUGUAUGCAGCGGAGUGGUCCUCAGCCGAUCCCUGGCUUUUCGCUUCACUCAGUUAUGACGGAAGGCUGGUGAUUAACAGAGUGCCCAGGGCUCUGAAAUACCGUAUCUUACUGUAGCACGAAAGCACUGGAACGCAAGAGAAACGCAAGUGAAACGAAUGAUGAACACUGCACAAGGGAUUGGAAGAAUAGAAGAAGCGAAGUCGGUCUACAUCUGUAUUAAAAAUGCACAGCCGUUAUUAACACUACCAAUUAGAGGCAGCCCCGAAGAGUAGAGUGAUGGCUGCAAGGCUGUUUGAAGGAGAGAAGGCUGGAGGGCAUGGAGCAGCAUAUUGGCUUUGAAACAGCCCCUUGAGUUGAUAGCCAGCAUCUAUUCUGUUAGUUUUGUUAGAAGCCUGCUUCAUCUCACCCAGCCUCAGGCACCACCACUGAGGAGAAAGUGCAGCCAGGGAGAACAGCGUGCCACGGGCAGCAUGGCACAGCGGGGCCACUCUCCUCUAGCCUUCCCUUCUCUUCUCCUUUACUUACCACAAGCAUACAACUACACACUAACGGCUCCAGCUGCGGAAAGAGACAUGAGGAAUGUUUUCGCAGCCAACUUUGAAAAAAACGUAAAUGUAAAAGUUCUUGGUGCGUAUUAGCGGCUCUGCGAUAAGCAACAUUUUGUUAUUUAACAGAUCAAUAAAUCGUGACCUUUAUAUUAUACGGUUCUGUCUGGGUUAGGAAUAAAUGGGAGAUGGGGCUUAUUAGAAUAUCGAGGUCACAAAAUACUUUCACAGUUUGAAGCCUGCAUUGGAAAUAAGAUGGAAAGUUAAAAAAAUAUAGUGUUGAAGGGUAUGUUAUAUUUCUAAGAUCAAAUAUAGGAUUAUUCAAGCAGUUUUUCAGAUGCUUUUCUCAUUCCAGGCUACAAAUUGGCAUUUUUAUUGCCAUUUUUACACUAUAUAGACAAAAGUUUGUGAACACCUGACCAUAAGAUUGGUUUGUGCUUUUUGAACAUCAAGACAUGAAAAUGCUCCACUAGAUUUUGUGCGUGCUUGUGGAG